AUGACUUCACAGAUAGCAAAGUACCUGCACGGCGUCACCGUGCUACACCCCGACAUCGCCGAUGCCAUAGACGACUUGCUAGCGGGUACGCCUUCGUCCACUGCAUACGAUGACCUGAAACGUACGGUCCUGCAGCGCUUCGAGCCAUUGCAACAGAGCACGCUCGAACGGCUCCUCUCCGAGGAACUCGGCGACCAACGACCAUCACAACUGGUGCGCCAGUUGUUGAACAACACUGCCAUCGCGUCGUACGGGCUCCGGUCAAUAACGCUAGACAUCGGACUCCGGCUCUUCCACAGAUGGGUGCUUGUGAUCGCCGACGUAAGCUUUGCCACAGUGGGAGUGGUCUUCCUCAGCCAUUUCAACCUAGACGUGAGUGUUGGCGAGCGGCGCCUAAAGGAUAACGUCACAUCCCUCGAUAUACUUGACCUGGAGUUCAACCUCACCUCAUCUGGCAUCCAUGCUUUCCCGUCAUACGCCACAGGAGGUAUUGCCCUGGCUGCCUUCAUUAUUAUAUCAGGAAUAUCUGCGUUCUUCGUAAUCAAGAAACUUCAGUAUGAAUCUCAGCUCAACGACCAGUGGUGGAAAAUAAUGUGGGACGACAUUACGCUGCCGGGCAAGUCGCUCAGCAGGUCCAGGGUGAGCAUUCCUAGCCACAACGACAGCAGUUUGGCCAGCCAACCCAGGUACGAUUGUAGCUGGAACUCUGUACACAAAGUGGAGCGUCCAACACUGAACCUAUACUGGAAUUUGUAUUCUCUCUUCUUGGGAACAUCACAACAGGGAAUACGAGUGGCCAUAAAGCCGCUGAACGUCAAGAAGAUUCAUGUGAACAGGCAGCUCCUGGCGGAGAUCAAAAUGAUCCAUGACCUCACGCACGAGAACCUCGUUCGCUUCGUGGGUCUUUGCUUGGAAGAGCCCAAUGUUUCGAUCAUCACAGAACUGUGCACUCGAGGAAGCUUAAGGGACAUGCUCGAAAACGAAGAAAUCAACAUCGACUGGAUGUUCAAGUGUUCCAUGAUUACGGACAUCGUUGAGGGGCUGCACUACCUUCACGCCACUGCCAUCCAAUUCCAUGGGAGGUUGAAGAGCACAAAAUGCAUAGUGGACGGACGAUUCGUGGUAAAGCUGUCCGACUAUGGGCUGCGGCAUCUCCACGCACAACUGCCUGAACCUGAGGACAAGAAUCCGAGGUCCAUGUUCUGGACUGCACCAGAAUUCCUGCGCCUCAAAGAGCCCCGGCAACAUUCGUCGCAGAAGGGAGACAUCUACGCCUUCGCUAUAAUUCUCCAAGAGGUGAUCACCAGGUCAGGGCCGUACGAGUCACUGGAGCGCAUCGGUCGCACCAGAUCGGUGAUGGAACCCGAAGAGAUCCUGGACCGCGUGAAGAUGGGCACGACUCCGCCGUUCCGUCCCGAGGUGUCGCCCGACGAGUGUCCCGCCGACAUGCUACGCCUCAUGCGCGCCUGCUGGGCCGAGGCCCCCUCGGACAGGCCCACCAUCGCCGAAGUUAGGCACGCUGUCAAGAAGAUCACCAAGGGACUGUCGAGCAAGAACUUCUUUGACAACCUCCUACAGCGGAUGGAGCAGUACGCAAACAACUUGGAGUCGCUGGUGGAAGAGAAAACGCAGUCUCUCUUGGAGGAGAAGAAGCGCACGGAUGAACUGCUAUAUCAACUGCUGCCCAAGUACGUGGCCGAUGAACUCAAAAAGGGUUCGCAUGUGCAGCCAGAGGCAUUCGAAUCUGUCACGAUUUUCUUCAGCGACAUAGUCGGAUUCACGUCGCUCUCCGCUGACAGCAACCCGAUGCAGGUGGUUACGCUGCUGAACGACUUGUACACCUGCUUCGACUCCAUUAUUGACAGGCACGACGCUUACAAGGUGGAGACCAUCGGGGACGCCUACCUGGUCGCCUCUGGCCUCCCCAUCCGCAACGGCAACGAACACGUACGAGAGAUCGCCCGUAUUGCGCUGACGCUGCGUCACCAGCUGCAGUUCUUCAAGAUCCGUCACCUGCCCAAGAGAAAACUGCAGCUCCGUAUCGGCAUCCACUCCGGUCCUUGCGUCGCUGGUGUGGUGGGCCUCAAGAUGCCGAAGUACUGCCUGUUCGGCGACACAGUCAACACGGCCUCACGCAUGGAAACAACCGGAGAACCGCUAAAGAUUCACGUCAGCUCCAAGGCCAAGGAACUGCUCGACAACUUUGGAAACUUCCAACUCACACUAAGAGGCGAGGUGCAAGUGAAGGGAAAGGGCGUCAUGACCACCUACUGGCUGGAAGGGGAGCACAACUGGCAACCGGAACCGGAACAGUGAAACAGCUAUUUCCCAGCCGUCAUGCAUCCUGUUAUCCGAGUCGAGCUUACUCGAGAAGACGCCGCCAGUCUGAACACAAAGAAAGCAACUGUUUCCCACCCUCC